AUGACAGGCCGAUAUGAAGGACGCCCGGAGCGUCAGAAUGAAUAUUUCAUCCCCGGUGACGGAAUCAGCCGAGAGGUUAUUCAAGCAGAUAUUUGUCGCUACCUUGGAAACGAUGCCCUCGUGAGACCUGGCAACCACAAUGGUCGUGCAGGAUUCUUCAUCCGUGCCUAUCGGAAUCUCACAUCUGAGAUGAUUACUGAUCUGAAGGCUGACUCCGCUCGUUGGGAGGCGGAUGUCUCCCGCCGGGCUGACCUAGGCUACCCGCGAGGGAAUUACAUUCAAGACACGAAUGUUUCCCACCCACCUAACACUGCUCCAGCGACCUAUGCCCCGGCGCCCGCUCAUGAGAAUCGUCAGUCACAGGGCCCAUCUCCUACGCCUUUUACUGCAGCACCCGCUCAGCCAUACAACAUGGAUCCUUACUCCCAGGGCCCCUACAGUGGAUCCCAGAAUGCCCCCUACACCAACCCUUCAUCAUACACAUCCACCACUCACUCGCCAUAUGCAUCAGGUACAGCUCCGUACCCCCCACCCCAGGUUUCCUACUCUGGUUCCAAUCAGCCCAUCGUGACGGCUGCGGACAUGCACCCCCAAUCGUACACAUACGCCCCCACGGGCUAUGGUUACGAUAAUGGCCGAAGCAAUGCUCCCCGAUACCCAGGACCUGGAUAUGAUGCCGAACAGGAGUACUCUACCGUAACUUCCGGGAUGUCCUAUCCUACCACUACUGCCCCGGAUCCCCGGAUAGGAAUGGAGCCCAGAUACACCCCAGAGUACGAGCGCAGGCCACAAGCAACCAGAGACAACCCCCACCGUCGGCGGUAA